AGGACCAAAAUGACGGUGGCCUAUUCGUGGGGUUGUCCCAGCAACAAGACUUUAGGUCUGUUGUGGCCUCUUGCAAGGUUGGGCCUCACUGUGCCCUAAAAUCAGAGGAGGGUGGGAGUCAUAAUUGGAAGCUUGGAUAUACUGCCUGUUUCCUGUUCUUUUCUCUUGGCUCCCUGGGGACAGCUCUAAGACAUCCUGUGGCUCUAAGGCCCACACCAGUGUAGAGGGUAAGUGGUGUUAGAGGAGGUCAUGGCAAGAAACUUAGAACCUGCUGACUCUAUUUCCUCCUCCCUAGCCUUCAUCCUCCUUUUCUACCUUGUCUUCUAUGGCUUCCUCACGGCCAUGUUCACCCUCACCAUGUGGGUGAUGUUGCAGACUGUCUCUGACCACACCCCCAAGUACCAGGACCGCCUAGCUACACCAGGCUUGAUGAUUCGUCCUAAGACUGAGAAUCUUGAUGUCAUUGUUAACAUCAGUGACACUGAAAGCUGGGACCAGCAUGUUCAGAAGCUCAACAAGUUCUUGGAGCCUUACAACGACUCUAUCCAAGCCCAGAAGAAUGACUUCUGCCGUCCUGGGCGCUAUUAUGAGCAGCCAGAUAAUGGGGUCCUUAACUACCCAAAACGUGCCUGCCAGUUCAACCGGACCCAGCUGGGAAACUGCUCCGGCAUCGGGGACCCUACCUACUAUGGUUACAGCACUGGGCAGCCUUGUGUAUUCAUCAAGAUGAACCGGGUCAUCAACUUCUAUGCAGGAGCGAACCAGAGCAUGAAUGUCACCUGUGCUGGGAAGCGAGAUGAAGAUGCUGAGAAUCUCGGCCAUUUUGUCAUGUUCCCUGCUAAUGGCAACAUUGACCUCAUGUACUUCCCCUACUAUGGCAAGAAGUUCCAUGUGAACUACACCCAGCCCCUGGUGGCCGUGAAGUUCCUGAAUAUGACCCCCAACGUGGAGGUGAACGUGGAAUGCCGUAUCAAUGCUGCCAAUAUUGCCACAGAUGAUGAGCGAGACAAGUUCGCUGGCCGUGUGGCUUUCAAACUCCGCGUCAACAAAACCUGAGGCCUCUUCCUCUUGCCCACACCUCUCUCCCAUGGAUGCUUCUGGAAUGUUUCUGACCCUGCCCCAUCCCUCCCUCACCCACCCGAAAGGUAUUUUUUAUAACAGAGCUAUGAUUUGUCUGAGCCUCACACCCUUUUCCUUGACUUCUCAAACCAGUCUGAUGCCCACUGUGAUUCUCUGACUACCCACAAAUUCUGCCAUCUUCUCCCAUACUAAGCUCAGCCAGAUGGGCUACUAAAAUGGGCACAGAGGAGUUAGGAGUCUUUCUAGCUCUGGUUUAGCUGUCAGUGGGAUGUCCCUAUUGCUCCCACUUCUGCUCCAUUGCCUGAGAGCUAUAGAACAUGCCCACUCACACACACACACACACACACACACACACACACACACACACACCCACACGGUUCCCAGAAGUGAACAUAGUAUUCCCUUCUCCCAUUCUUAAACUCCAGCCAUUGUACCUUUUGUCUCUCUUACACUUUCUCCUUGUCUGUUCAGUCCUUCUCUUGCUGGCUUUGACUUCUGGUUCCUCCAGGAAUUUUAACUUCCUCCCCAUCUAUAUUUUGUCCUCUGAAAAGCAGCCAUUUAUAUGUAACUGAGGACAAGUUGGUUCUGUGGCCUUUUCCUUCCCCCUAUGGUGACUCCAUGAGCUGGGAAAUGAAGGACUGAAAGAGAAGGCCUAUUGAUUCUUCUAGAAAGUUCUGUAGCAGUCCCUGACUCCAAUUCCUUCUUGGUCCCUUCUGUCAUCCAAAGAGCCACUACUCAGAGAGGCGGGCUUGACCUAGGCUGAAUAUCCACUUUGUUUUUACCGAUGGCUCCCUUCCCCCAUUUGCCUUCCCAGAAUAUCCUUCAAGUUCCACUUCCCAGGGAGCCUUGGGGGGAGGGGCAGCCAUCUUGGCUCUGUCCCCAGUGGCCACCUUGGAGACAUCAGCUGGCUGGGGAACUAGUCCACCUCCUUCCUCUGAGCCCAGAUCUGCCCCACCCCUUCUCUCUUGUUUCUCCUAGCAGGUUACCAACUAACUGUUCGCUAACUCCUUCCUUGUCCUCUGCAUACCAGCCUGAAAGUUUCAAAUACUCCCUUCAUUCUGGGCUCUGACUUUCUUGGCUCCAUUUCCUUCAGACCCUUUUGCCUUUAAAAAAAAAAAAAAAUGUCCAUAGAAUGUUAAAUGAGGGGCCUCCUGCUCUGAGUAUUCUUUAGUUACAGAAGCAUUUUAACUCUUUCUUUUCUCGUUUCCCUUCUCUUCCUCAUUCUCUGCAACUCCUUUUUCUUUAUUAGUGCUGCAGCAUCCACAUUCCACCUACUAAUGGAACCUUUCCUUUUUCUUCUUGCUGGAUCUAUUUCUCUUCCUUCUGGAUCCCCAUGUUUUCCUGCACUGCCCUCUCCCCAGUGGUCUCUCUGCAGUUAUUUAAUACCUGUGUCAGA